AAGAAGCAAGGCACCCUGGAACUGUUUGGUGACUCACAGUCACGUCCUCCUCCGUACGGGAGUGACUGCCUGUUCAGAGCAGAGCCUAGCUAAUGACAUGGGUGCUCUAUACCUCAAACCUGGCACGCCAACAAACCAACAAACCAACCAAGCUCACUACUCUACAUGCCAGUCAGUCAGUCAGGCCCUGACCAAGGAAGCCUGCAAUCGGUUUUAACGCACUAAACCUUUUCAAACUUUCCACGUGAAGUGCCGGUGAGUUACAAGUCACCGCGACGAUCGAGAUGGACGUGUGAUGUUAUGCCGCGGAAACUCUCAUGAUUUAUUUCUGCGUCGUAUAAUUUGACGCAGAGGAAAGAUGACGAACACAAAAAUGUUCUUUUUCUUGGUAUACAAAGUUUGUAUCAUCCACAACUAGUAAUCAGUUGAACUAUUAGAUUUAUAGCAGAGUUAUCAUCUGGCGUUAAUUGCUUUCGUCAGGAGAUUAUUUCAUUCAAUCGGACAGUAGCCUGGUGAGGAUUAUAUUGUAGAGUUGUAGUUUACCUGAAGUCGGUGCCAUGGAUAUCUUGAAAAGAAUACUUUGCUUGCUUUCCGUGAUUAUUAAACUUGUAAACAUCGUAUCUGUGUCGGCCCAGGAAGUGGCAUACAUGUUAGCUACCGAGGAGGUCAAUGUACAACGAGGUGAUAUAGCAGUUCUUCCAUGUGUUCUUGACCCGACGCAGAAUGCCUUUGUCAUCUGGCGCCGAAUGGACCCACUCGUCGAGCUCAGUCUCGGUGUCAUGUUGGACAGCAACCUCGACCCGGAACUCAAGGAGAGACUGUCCGUUGUCGUGAAUCGUCAAACAGGGGAGUAUAAUCUCCAAAUCGUGGACGUGCGGGUGAGCGAUGAGGGUUCGUAUAAGUGCGAUGUCAUUUUCGGCUUGAUGACAUCGAGAACAGUAAGCAACUCGGUACGACUGAACGUGUACGUACCACCGGAAGAUGGGUUUCCGCUGUGUGACGUCACUCCGGCGAUCCCGUUGCAAAAGGGACGGUUGGUGACGAUGUCAUGUUCGACAAGAGGUGGGCAUCCACCAUCUAAGGUGACGUGGUACCGUGGAAGAAAUCCUGUCACAACUGCAGCUGAGAACGAACAACAGCUCCAAUGGAGACUGACCGAUAGUGACUAUGGGGUUCAGUUUUCCUGUAUCGAGACUCACCCGGCAUUACCCGGCGUCCGGGAAUGCAGCGUUGUCCCGCUUCCUUUCCGGCUUUCCGUCGAUCUCUUUCCCGCCAUUGCUGAGGUUGAGGUUGGUGGUGAGAUGUCGUUUACCUGUCAGGGACGCGGACCAACGGAUGCUCCUCUCGAUUUCAACUGGCGGGUGAAUAACAAGAAUAUCUCAAUCAAAGGCAAUUGGGCCAUUUCCGGAAACAACGGUCAAAUCCUUUCCGUCUCCAAUGUAUCUACCUUUGAUAAUCAAUCGAGCAUUAUAUGCACCGUCACGGCUGGUCCGGGGCAAUCGGUGAAGACAUACGCAGUACUCGUGGUGAAGGAUAUACCUAUCAGGAGAACAUCUACAUCAUCUAGAGGCAAGUCGUCCAGCAAUUUUACGAGUCGUCCAAGACACAAGAAUCGUCAACAAGACGGGUCGAGUCUAAACAUGUCAAACUCGAUCAGUAGAAGACUCGUCGUCAUCAUAUCAUUCGGGGCAGUCAUGUUCGGUGUCCUUGUCGGCGCCACAGUCGCCAUUGUAAGCAUAUACCGUAGUCGUAAGGUAGCCGGAACGCAGUCGAAACCGAAGUCGUUUAAGAGUUCGUUCAAGACCGGGUCGACGAAAAGUUCAAGACAAGUAGGUAGACGGAACCGCGGGUUCAACAACAGAGGAAGUCGCAUCUGGCGAGAUUCUAGGAGAAUCACCUUCAACGACACUCAGAUUACUUUCGCCGAUCCUAUUCUAGAUUACGAUGAACCACCGGCCGAGACGACGUCGACGGACCCUGACGACAGCUACCUCGGCCUCUGUCCCGACAGUCUGUCGUCAUCGAAGUACGAAGAUCUACAUUGUCAUGUCAUGAACUCAUUAAGCUUUGACCGUUUCUACAACGAAGCGCCUUCGGUUCCGGAACUCGAAUACGAGGAUGUAAUAGCGGAUAGGAAUUGGUCGACGAGAAGCUACCCGGUAAAUAGGAAUCAAUGCGAUGAAAAUAUAUACCUCAAUAGGACAUCGGUUCCAUGAAAUUAGAAACAUGUUUGAAAUGAACGAAUGUCGGCCAUUCGAGGCUUUGAGCACAAUGAUGUGCCUGACUGCCAUGUUCUCAGAGUGACCAUGUUUAACAUAAUAAGAGGGACAUGAAAUGUGUGGAAGACUUUUCGAUUGACUUUCCAGUUUUAUGAAGGCUCUGUUGAGAAUAUUGACAUCCAUCAAACUCUCUUGGUAUCAACAUUACAAAUGCCAUAAAGUUUCAUUUGUUUAGAUGUUCAUAAUAUUUGAAAUCAUUUUAUGAUGAUUUCUUUUCUCCUUCUCUC